CGCGCCCAUUGGGCCGCGCGGCGGAUUUGAACGCGGCCGCCGCGGCCCGGCCCGGCCCCGCCGCAGCGGCAGCGGCAGCGCUCCGGCACCGCGCUGAGGGCACGGCAGCGGGGCCGCUCGGCCGCCAGGGUAACGCCGAUGCCGGCUUCUGGGUGUUAAGGGGCGGCUCCGCACGGGGUUUGGGCUUGUUCGGGCUGUUUCGGUGGGAGCGACGGGUCUAAAACAUCCCCAUAGACACUCAUCUGUAUGUAUAGCAAGUGCAGAAAGUACUGAAGACACUCUGAGGCUGCUUUUGGAGACAAAGACUCAUGUUUGUGAUAACAUUCCUUUAUGUUGGCAUAAUGUACAAGGAAAGUAAGAGCUUUGUGAAGGCGUGACAUGCAUAAGCACUUUUAACCUCUUAUCUUCAUAGUUGCUCUGUCACAGUAAGGCAAGUCUGGUUUAGUUGGAACAGUGUAUUCUAGGAACUUGGUCUUUAAGAAGAUCCAACAGGGCUUGCACAGCUUGUUGGGAGGUGAAGACCUGCAUAUUCAUCUGGCUUAGUUAUAUUAGUUUUUCUCUUGAUUAUAUCAAUCUUCUAGUCUGGACAAUGGUUACUUUCCAGCAAAAAAUUUUACACUUGGUCAAGUGUUUCAGAAGACAAUGGCCUUUAUUUUCCAACUCUGAAAGGACUACUGUGUGUGGAGCAGACUGCAUGUUGAUGGCGUUACAGCUGUCCAUGGCUGAAGUCAAUAAACAGCACCAUGGAGAUUUCACAGUAUCACUUAGUGAUGUGUUGGAAACAUGGAACUAUUUGUUACAUGACAAACUGGGAUUGCAUGAAAACAUGAAAGAACCUGAAAAUUAUGCUGAUGUGAAAAAAGCCUAUCACGCCUUCUUAGCAAGAAGCAAUAUGUUAGAUUUAAUAGACAUAUAUCAGAAGUGCUGUAGUCUUGGACUUUUAGCUGAAGAUGAAAGCAUAUACCCUGUUCAACUGUUGGAAUUUAUUUCUGGUGUAAUGAAUGCACAAGGAAAUAAUGGUUCUGUUCUUUCUACUCCUACACAAAUCAACAGACAGGGCCAGGAGCAUGUGAAGGUGACAAUCCUGGCAAAGAAGUCUGUCUGUUCAUAUUUAAGCCUUUUGGUGAAUUCUAAGGAUGAUCUGGCAUUGGCUCAUAUUCUAAAUGUUCCUGACAGAGGACUUGGUAGAGAAGCCUUCACUAACCUAAAACAUGCCUCACAGGAGAGAAAAAUGUCAAUUUUUCUGAUGGCAACAUCUUUUAUACGGACCAUAGAACUUGGAGGAAGAGACUCUGCAUCUUCUUUGUAUGAUCCUUUAAGAGCCCAUGUAAAAGGGCUUUCCAACUUUGUUCAUUUUAUUGACAAGCUGCAAGAAAUUGUUGGUGAAGUCUUAAAUACAAGAAUCGCAGGGGGGCAAAUUCUGUCAACAGUGAAGAUGCACUUGAUAAAAGGCCGAAGCAAUGGGGAUCCUUUCUGUCGGGCAGUGGAGGAAGCUGUACAUGACUUGGAUUUGAAGAUUAAAAAUAUUAUCGAUUCACAACAGGAAACCUUGACUGCUAGCACUACUGGAGUCAGUCCAGCACGGCCAAAAUUGCAUUCCAUCAAUCAUGGCACUGCAUAUUGUGGCAGAGAUACUGUAAAGGUCUUGCUAGUUCUUCUGGACGAAGAAGCUGUCAGUCCUCCUACCCAGAAUAAAGCGGAUCUGUUGUGCAAUAAUGAAAGCUUAAAUUUGUGUGGCAUCACCUCUGUUUUGACACUCUUCAGAUCUCCAGCACGAUCCAGUGGCUCUUCUCCAAAACCUCUUAGACAACGUGUUCUGAAAUCUAUGGAUGAAAAAGUAAUUAAGAUGAAGCAAUCUUCAAUUAAAUCCCAGUUUGCCUGCACGUAUAAAAAUGAUUUGAGUGAAAUGAGUGGUCAGCAUUUCCAUGCAAUUCCAACCUGCAAACAUCCUGUACCAAAGCAACAUUUAAAAGCUGGAAAGCCCACAGAAGGUCCAAAUUCAUGUCUUGAUGUACCAGGGCUUGGAACUAUUUCUGAAAGUGUUCACCAGACUAGAAGUUAUACAGAAAUGGGAAAGCUGAGUUGUCAGCCAAGGAACAAGAGCUCUGAGAAUGAACAGAUGGAUUUGAAUAAUGACAAAAUAAUCUGUGACAAGGAAAGUGAACCAUCUUUGCAAAAAAAUACUAAAAGACUGAAGACUUCAAACAACUCUAAGAAGGAAUUGGACAGCAAAAUUGGUGGAAAAAGAAAACAGACCAAAACUGCAAGUAAAAAUAAGCUGAUUGCUGGUCAGGCAAAAUUAACUAGCUUUUUUCAAUUCUAGGUUUUUGUUUUCACAUACAUGGUUUGCUGACAGUUGUAAAAUUUUUCAAGAAAACAGGUGAAAUUCAUGAAUUACUUCCUUUCAUAUGUAAAUAAUUGAAAGUAGCUUGUGUAUUACAGUAAACAACUACUUACAAGUCUGGAUUAUGCUGAAGUAUUUUAUUUUUUAAUAGCAGUACAUUGUUAGUAAUUACACUGUUAUUUUUUGGUAAUGAAUUAUGUAUCCAUCUACAAUGCAAUGGGAAAUUAUUUUUGGAUGUGUAUGUGCACUUACACUAACACUCAAUAACUUCAAAUUACAUUAAAUUCGGAAUAAAAUGUUUAAUCUUCAGAGGAGGUGGUGGAGAUAAGUUGUUUUCACACUUGCCAACAAGGUCGAUAGACUCUUCCCAGCAUGCACCUGAGGACUACAGGAGAAAAAAAGAACUUGAAAGUUGAAAUCAUCAAAGAACCAGAAUUCUUAUGGCUUUUGGAAAUAUUAAUUUAACAAAUGCUCCCUCCCCCAUGCACCAAAUCGUAACAGUCAUGGAGUCUCUAAAUGAACCUUUACCAAAUUGCUAUAUUGACAUUGCAGUGUACUUUACCAGAAUGAAAUAAUUUUCUGUGUAAAAAUAAAAUAUAUUUACUGUCAAAAUCUCUUCUUCCAAUAGGGAAUUUAGCUGAAUUUUCUUCAUCUGUGGUCUCUCUUUCCUGUAUUGACUCAAUAUUUUGAAUUUCAGUGUCAGCUGGAAAAGCCAUGGCUCCCUUCAGUGCAGGAUAAGGUAGUUGCUUUCUACCUAAGUUGGUUGGCAUAACAUGGUUGAAGAAAUCAUGUCUGGAACCUCUGUCC